AUGAGCGACAUCCCCAUCCCCAUUUCUACUGAUGGACCCAUUCCUACCCAAAGCGAAGAGUUUGGCUCACAUAACUUUGAGAAGAAAGUUCCUCCAAAGAAGAAGUUCACUGUACAAGAUGAUGAGCAGCUCUGCAAGUCGUACCUUUACAUUGCCUUGGAUUCUGUACAGGGCUCGGAGCAAAAGAGUGAUACGUUCUGGUCGAGAAUAAGCGACCACUACCAUGGUUCUGCUAUUAAGCCGUGCCUUGCCUGCUCGCUGGCAGAUUAUAAACUAGGCUGUUGGAAAAUAUGCUGGGAUCUUAUCCCAAGAGUUUUACUUGGCCGAGAUGGGAACAAGCUUCAACCUGGAGCAUUGCUACAACAUCUUGUCGAAACACCCGAAGUGGACACCAAGUGUUCCAAAAAAGAAGACGAAGAAGACAUCGAAGAAGAAGACAGUGGAGUCUACCUUGCUGAGAUCAGCAAUACCGACGAGGACGAAGUGUCUUCACAACGCCCUGUUGGAAGAAAGCGGGCAAAGGGUCUGGAGGCCAAUACAAGGGACUAUACCGCUCAUAUGGAGCGGCUAUACUCCAGUCACUCUGAUUACAUCAGAAAAGGUGAUGAGAGAAACACGAUCCUCAGGGAAGGGCUUGAAUUCGCCCAUAUAAAGAUGGAGUCUGACAACAGACAUACCAUGGCUAUGGAAAGAGAACAAGCCAUGAAACGACAGGAGGAAGAUGUCAAGAUCUUGAUGACAAAUCUCUUCUCCAUUGAAGAUCCCGAGGACCGUCAGAUCCUUUUGGAUAUAAAGAAGGAGAUCAGAAAGAGAGGAGUAGGGAACGAACCUACCAGAGUCAUCACAGCUAUUGCUAGUGAUGUUGACGUUCUCAACUGCAAUCAACGCAAAAAUAAUAAAGAUAUAUAUAUAAUAUGUUUUUAA